AUGGGGCAAUUUCAUGUGAUAGGACCAAGAACACCAGUCAUUGCUGUGGUUGGGGAGGAGGCUGUGUUGUCCUGUCACCUCAGCCCAUCAAUGGAUGCUCAAGACAUGGAGGUGACAUGGUACCGAAAUGAUCUUUCAGGCCUGGUACAUCAAUAUAGGACUUCCCAGGAUCAUUUGGAGCACCAGAUACCAGAGUACCAAGGGAGGACAGAGUUCCUGAAGGACAAUAUUACCAAAGGGCACGUUGCCCUAAGGAUCUACCCCAUCCGACCUUCAGAUGGAGGGGAGUAUGGGUGUUUCUUUGAAAGCUCCACAUUCUACACUGAAGUACAAUUUGAAAUGUUGGUCACAGUCUCAGGUAUGGCUCCUCAUAUUCACAUUGAGCCUGGCAAUAACAGAGACAUUAAGAUGACCUGCAUAUCCACUGGGUGGUUUCCAGAGCCUGAGAUACAAUGGAAGGACCCUCAAGGAUUGCACUUGGCACCAGCCUCUGAGACAAAAAGAAUAGAAGAAAAUGGUCUGUUUCAUGUGGAAUCAUCUAUCACAAUGGAUAGAAGUUCAAGAACAGAAGUAUCUUGUGUUAUAAGGAACCUAAUACUCAGUGUGGAGAAGGUGGUGCUUGUCUCCAUGGCAGGUCAGUUUCCUCCAAAGUUGAUAUAUUGGGAUAUCACUGCUGAUCAGGAAGGUCUUAAUGGCAAAGACCUAUGA